AUGCCCGUAGAAUAUGCAGCAUUAUUCAGACACUGCCUUACAUCUGGCUACUUAUUGUGGAAGGAGGAGUUCUAUAAGCAAGUAGAUGGUGUGGCGAUGGGCUCACCUGUAUCUCCCAUUGUCGCCGACAUAUUCAUGGAAGACUUUGAGGAGAAAGCCCUGCUUACUUCUCCCAUAAAUCCAAAAUUCUACAAGCGGUACGUAGACGACACUUUCACAAUUAUACCUUUAGAUAAAGUAACUGCAUUUUUUUUUGCGAACCAGUGGUAA